UCUCCACAUUGGAGGUUUCGCGCUUUCGGUAGCUAUUUCUUGUACGAACGCUCGACUGGUUUUGUGCGUGUCGUAUGUUUCGAAGUGCAUCAAGUGGAGUGCGAAAUGAUUGGCGGAAGUGCAGCAAACUGUUGCACAUCCGUAGUGCAAGUGGAAAUUGAGUGUCGUCCUUAAAGAAGUGAGCUCUGUUAUUUUGUGUAUGUGAGAUUUGAGGAAAAAUAUUUAAAAUUCGGAUUAAGCAUUGAAGUCGUUUAAAUUAUGUGAAGCAAGUGUGUUGGAGCGUGUUGAUCUACUUACGAAAAACCAUGGCGACUAAUUGAAAUGGAUAUGCAAAAUGUGUGGAUUCGAUCGGAUCCUUUAGCGAACCGGGAAUUCGGCGGUUAAAUUGUGGUGGAGCUGCGUUCACGGACACUUCGAGAGGGAGCAAAUUGUUCAUAGUUCGGAAAGGAUAAAGGAUCAAUCAGGUUGUGUGAUUUAGAUUAGUGUGUAAUAUAUUUGGUGUUUGUGAAAAGUCUCGGAGGUCUGAAGUGAAAUGCAUAAAGUUAACAUCGGAUUAGAGGAGCAAUUUUUGAGUGAACUAAAAACGAUAUAUAAUUCGGAAACGUGUCCUUUUUCGUGGUUCUUCUCUUACUAAAGGUGUAACAACCCAUGCAACCGUGAUGGAGUAGUGAUUUGACUUAGGUCUCUGACACAAAUGAUAAAAUGUCGGAAUUCUUCUUGCUCAACUCAACAGAAUUCGGUACCGAUUGGAAUUAUUCGUUGGCGCUCAACGCCUCCGAGCCAGAAGAUGAAAGCAAAUCUCAACUGGAGCACGCUCCCCGUCUUUCCAAAUCGGCGGUGAUACGAGUUAUCGUCCUGUCCGCAAUGGCAAUUGUGUCCUUGCUGGGCAACACGGCGACCAUGUGGAACAUCUACAAAACGAGGAUGAUGCGGAGGGUGUCGCGGCAUAGCUGGAGCGCUAUUUAUUCGUUGAUAUUUCAUCUUUCCAUUGCUGACCUGCUGGUUACAGGAUUUUGCAUAAUUGGCGAAGCGGCUUGGAGUUAUACAGUUCAGUGGUUAGCGGGUGAAUUCGCGUGUAAGGCAGUGAAAUUGUUCCAGAUGUUCAGUUUGUAUUUAUCGACUUAUGUGUUGGUUUUGAUUGGUGUGGAUCGGUGGAUUGCUGUGAAGUAUCCGAUGAAGUCUCUGAAUAUGGCGAAGAGGUGCUACAGGCUGCUGGGUGGCGCGUACGUCCUGUCAUUUGUUCUGAGUUUACCACAGGUCUUUAUCUUUCGUGUUGCUAAAGGCCCAUUCAUCGAGGAUUUCUACCAGUGUGUAACGCACGGUUUCUACACAGCCGAAUGGCAGGAACAACUCUACACAACGUUUACGCUUUUCUUCACUUUUAUUAUCCCUCUGUGUAUAUUAAUAGUAACGUACCUCUCUACAUUUAGGACAAUAUCAGGAAGCGAAAAGAUGUUUCAAAACUCGAAACAUGCUGCUUAUAACAAUAGGGCUCAACUAACGAAUAGACAACGCCUGAUACAUAAGGCGAAAAUGAAGUCCUUGCGGAUUUCAGUUGUGAUAGUCGUAGCAUUUCUAAUUUGUUGGACGCCGUACAACGUCAUGAUGAUUAUUUUUACGUUUUUGAAUCCUGAUAAAAGACUGGGUGAGGAUUUGCAGUCAGGAAUUUUUUUCUUCGGCAUGUCAAAUAGUUUAGUGAAUCCAUUGAUCUAUGGUGCUUUCCAUCUAUGGCCAAUUAAACAACACGGACAAUAUACACACUAUAGCCUAACAAGAGACGGUUCAAACACAUACCAAAGAUCACCGUCAAUGACUGCAACAACACAAUUAGAUACGAAUGGCAGUAGGCAUACCUUUAAGCGAUCCAGUCACUACCAACGAUGUAGUUUUCGUAACGACCAUUUCAACCUGGUGACAGCACCGCGACACUGUAACUCCAUGCGAAAGGAAUUUAAGAAGCAAACAUCACUGACCAACGGGACGAAUUCACAUCUUGUCCUCAAUUAUGCAGGGAUUAUCGCGCAAAAUAAUUCGAAGUUGAAUGUAUCUAGUGUGUAAGAGUUA